UCAGAUAUAUGAGGCCAGAUAUAUUGUUGGGCAAUGAAUGACGGUUGCUUGGCGUAUCAAUCAGAAGCCAAAUGUUCAGCCAGCAAUCCUGGUUCUAAAUCGAACACCGUGAUUGGAUUACCCGAUUUUCCCGAAAGAAAGACCAUUUUUAAAGAGAAAAGGUUGAUUCGGAGUCGAAAGGAUGGACAAAAGCUUGAGUUCCUAAUUUUGUUGCACAUGGAAUAUGAUUGUCGAUCUGGCGAAGGAAAUGACAUUUUCAACCAGCUGCUCUUGGAGUUUACGUCAGAAUUAUGGAAUAGAAUGGAAAAUGUUGGCGAUUUUGAUGCCCUUAGGCAGGAUGAACACGGCACAAACAACCCUUUCGAAGCUGCAAUCAUCAAAGCAAAAGAAACCAUUUUUCAUCCUUGCAAUCAGAAUUCUUCUUCGGAGCGCGGCUGUUACAUUUCGGCUGGAGUUAUAAUAACUUCCGUGAAUGGCUGUGCAAUUAUCGACCAAGAUCCUAAAGACGUUCCUCCGAAGACUAUUGUCAUUGCAGUUAAUGGGGUUUGCUUAGGGCUCAUAAGUUGUCAGAGCUUCCACGACGAAGUGCGUAGAAAAGGUCACGUGAAAUCAUUGUCUCAUUUCGUAUUCUCACCACAGCGCAAUGCAAACAGGUUUUCUAGCUGCCACUCAUCAGCUACAAGUUUCAAAGUAUUUGUUGCAGAUGACAUUCCGAAUUUCACAAGUUCGGUCUCUAUUACGAGCGUCGAUUUAUUUGAGGCUGUCAAAACAGAAGUUAACAAACGAUCUGCAUCACUAACUCCUCAGACUCCUGGCAGUGAUAGCAGCUCUAUCAGCCAACUAACUCCAUUGACCCCGGAAAAUGCUGAGUUCAACAGGAUGCAAUUCAAUUCUUUCUCGAGGUCAAGCAAUCAGAAAAAGUUGGCUAACAAUGAACUCGCUUCGCAUUUCGUUGACGAGUAUCUAAACCCAUAUCUUGCUACAAAGUACUCGCUACAUGCUGCACUGAUUUCAGCCCUAAAUAAACUGCAACCUAUCGGUCUAACCGACCCAAUGGAUGCCAAUAAUAAACAGCCACUGUAUAUAAUGACCAGGAAUUUCAAUCAGAACGUUCGCUACAGAAGAACAGUUGAUGCCAAUUCGGUGUUAAAAUCGACGAGGUUACAAAAUCUGUAUCGAAAAACUUCAACAGACGAUUUAUUCAAAACUGCCGGACCAAAAAGAAAGUAUGACGUUUUUGGCCGAAAAUACGGACACACAAGUAAAAAUUCAAAUGAUGCAGGUUUCAAAAACGUUAUAGAUUUCAGAAUGUCAGAUUAUAGUUUUCGAAGGAGAACUUCUGAGUUAUCAGGAGUGGAUAUCAAUGGAAACGAGAGCUCAAUAUGCAGCUCUGAACCGCCGCUCAUGACUGGCGAUGCCUUGGCGGACUCUCCGAGUAACGCCGCGGGUCCUCAUGUAACUUCAAGUGGAUUCAAUUUCACAACUUUUAAAUAACUUUUGUAAAUCAAAGCAUUGCAGAAAUUGUUCAUAAGUAUUUCAGCUCUUUUUGAUGCAUUUCAUAAAUGCAGAAAGAUAGCUUCGUUGCUAUGUUUAACAGUCGUUGAACGUAGUGAAGAUUCUUUUACUA